UCUGCACUUGUCCUCAUGAGCCGCUCCAACGCCCAGCCCACAGGUGCCCCUGUCCAGAAGGUGGUGGAGAACAGCAGUGGGACCCCACACUUCUCAAUGCGUUCCUUCCCAAUUGACGACUUUGAGACUGGGAGUCCUCCGGGCAAAGGCAAGUUUGGAAAUGUGUACUGGGCUUGGGAGAAGAAAAGCCAUUUCAUCGUGGUGCUCCAAGUCCUCUUCAAGUCUCAGGUACAGAAGGAGGGUGUGGAGCACCAGCUACGCAGGGAGACUGAAAUCCAGGCCCAUCUGCAGCAUCCCAACAUCUUGCGUCUCUACAGCUACUUCUAUAACUGGCAAGGAUCUCCUUGAUUCUGGAGUAUGCCCUCCCGGUGGGAGCUCUACAAGAAGAUGCAGAAGAGCUGCACUUUUUUUGAGCAGUGUACAGCCACGACCAUGGAGGAGCUGGCAGAUGCUCUGAUAUACUGCCAUGGGAAGAAGGUGAUUCACAGAGACAUAAAGCCACAGAAUCUGCUCUUGGGGCUCCACGGAGAGCCGAAGGUUGCCGACUUCGGCUGGUCUGUGCACGCCCCCUCCCUGAGGAGGAAGACAAUGUGUGGCACUCUGGACUACAUGCCCCCGGAGAUGAUUGAGGGGCGCAUGCACAAUGAAAAGGUGGAUCUGUGGUGCAUCAGAGUGUUCUGCUAUGAGCUGCUGGUGGGAAACCCCCCCUUCGAGAGUGCUUCCCACAACGAGAUGCAUCGGUGCAUCGUCAAGGUGGACCUGAGGUUCCCCCCUUCCAUGCCUGCAGGAGCCCAGGAGCUCAUCUACAAGCUGCUCAAGCAUAAACCCUCAGAACGCCUACCGCUGGCCCAGGUCUCAGCCCACCCUUGGGUCCGGGCCCACUCUCGGAGGGUGCUGUUUCCCUCUGCCCUUCAGUCUGUCCCCUGA